GACAUUAGAUUUUGUGUAAACCAGUACCCGUCCUCCAUUAGCAUGGCAGUAGUGAUGAUGUGCUGCUACUUCUUCCUUCUCUUUCUUUUCCUUUCUAAUAUUUCACUUAUUGUGAAUUCUCAAUUACAUCAUCAUCAUCAUCAUCAUGUGUGUGAUCCUAAACAAAGCUUAGCGUUACAUCAAUUCAAGAACGCUUUUUUCCAGCCUACUCCAACAUCAUCAUCAUCGUGUGGUCAAUAUCUGCACAUGACAGUACCUUUUAUGAAUCUACACCUCAUUAUCGGCUUUCCAAAUGGAAUGAGAACACAGAUUGUUGUUUAUGGGACGGCGUGGAGUGUGACGAUAAAGGACAAGGCCAUGUUGUUGGUCUUCAUCUCGGCUGCAGUUUACUCCAAGGAAUUCUUCAUCCUAACAGCACCCUUUUCACCCUCUCCCACCUCAAAACCUUGAAUCUUUCUUUUAACGAUUUUUCAGGAUCUCCAAUUUCACCUCAAUUUGGAAUAAUGCUUACUAACUUGAGGGUUUUGGAUCUUUCCUACUCUUUCUUCCAAGGCCAGGUUCCCAUGCAAAUGUCAUACCUAUCUAACUUGGUUUCCCUUAAUCUUUCUCAUAAUUAUGACGAUCUCAGUUUUUCAAAUGUGGUUAUAAAUCGACUUGUUCAUAACCUAACCAAUCUAAAGGAUUUUAAACUUGCUUCUACAGAUCUUUCUCACGUCACACCCACUUCUUUCAUCAAUUUAUCUCUCUCUUUACGGUCUCUGGAUCUUUCUUAUUCUUCCUUGUCUGGAAAUUUUCCAAACCACAUUUUCAGUCUUCCAAAUUUACAUUUGUUAAAUCUUCAAGAUAACCUUGAGUUGAAUGGACAUCUACCCAUGUCUAAUUGGAGUAAAUCCCUUCAAAUUUUGGAUCUUCAUCGAACUUCUUUUUCAGGAGGGAUUCCCAACUCCAUUAGCGAAGCCAAGGUCUUAAGUUACUUAGACCUUAGUGGCUGCAACUUCAAUGGUGAAAUUUCUGAUUUUGAAACUCAUUCUAAUCCUUUGAUCACGGGUCAAUUAGUACCAAAUUGUGUUUUCAAUAACAUCACCCAACAAACUUGGUCCUCCAAUUCAUUUACAAACGUUUGUACAAAUACACCACUUCGAAAUCUUAUUCAUGUGGACUUGAGUCAUAACUCAUUUACAGGUAUCAUACCUUCUUGGAUAUAUUCAUUGCCUAACUUAAAAUAUUUGUAUCUAUCUGAUAACGAUUUCUCUGGUUUCAUGAGGGAUUUUAGAUCCAACUCAUUAGAGGUUCUUUAUUUAAAUUAUAACAACUUGCAAGGUGAAAUCUCAGAGUCUAUUUAUAGGCAACUCAAUCUAAAAUACUUAGGAUUGGAAUCCAAUAAUAUGAGUGGAGUUUUGGAUUUGGACAUGUUGUCGAGAAUCCCAAGUCUAAGCGUUCUUCAAAUUUCCAAUAAUAGCCAACUUUCAAUAUUCUCAACCAAUGUUAGCUCCUCGAAUAUUACUCAUGUUGAUAUGGCAUCCCUCAAUAAUUUAGGAAAAAUUCCCUACUUUUUGAGAAACCAAAAGAACUUGGAGACUCUAUACCUUUCAAACAAUCAAAUUGUAGGAAAAAUUCCUCAGUGGUUUUCUGAACUGAGUGAUUUGUACUUCCUGGAUCUAUCUCAUAAUUUUUUAUCCUCAGGAAUAGAGUUGCUCCUUACUAUGCCAAAGCUGGAGACAGUCCUUCUUGAUUCAAACUUGUUCAAUAAUCUACCUGUUCCCAUGUUGCUGCCAUCAACAAUGACUGUAUUUAGUGUUUCAAAUAAUAAUAUCAGUGGAAGUGUCCAUCCUUCAAUCUGCCAAGCCUCCAACCUUUCUUUUCUGGAUUUGUCCAAUAAUAGCUUGAGCGGUGAACUUCCAUCUUGUCUCUCAAAUAUGACUAAUCUACAUACUUUGAUAUUGAAAAGUAACAACAACUUUUCUGGAGUUAUUCCCAUACCACCAAGUAUUGUGAAUUAUAUUGCUUCAGAAAAUCAGUUUGUUGGAAAAAUCCCUCAUUCAAUUUGCCUUGCUCUUGACGGCCUUCAUAUUCUCAGUUUGUCAAAUAAUCGAAUGAGUGGAGGAACAAUUCCAUCAUGUCUCACAAACAUCACUUCUCUUUCAGUUUUGGAUUUGAAGGGUAACAACUUUAUUGGUACAAUUCCAAAAUUGUUUCCCACAAGAUGUCAACUGACGAGUCUUGAUCUGAAUGACAACCAAAUAGAAGGAGAAUUGCCACAUUCAUUGUUGAAUUGCAAAAAACUUGAAGUUUUGGAUCUCGGGAAUAACAACAUAACAGGCUAUUUUCCUCAUUGGUUAAAAGCUGCUCUGAAUUUGCAAGUUCUCAUCCUUCGAUCCAAUGGAUUUUAUGGUCAUAUCAACAAUUCCUUCACCAAAGAUUCUUUCUCAAACCUACAAAUUAUUGAUCUCUCUCGCAACUAUUUCAGUGGACCAUGGCCUUCAAAGUUUUUUAACAACAUGAGGGCCAUCCAGAAAGUGGAAAACCAAAAGUCCAACUCUUUUGUUGAAGAUGUUUUCUAUAGAAAUUCAAUUGUUAUAUCAUUAAAAGGGUUGGAACAGAAUUUGGGAAGAAAUCUUUUCAUAUGGAAAACUAUUGAUCUGUCGAGUAAUGAUUUUAACGGAGAGAUACCAAAGGAAAUUGGAACGUUAAGGUCUUUAGUAGGAUUGAACCUUUCACACAAUAAGCUUAGUGGUGGGAUUCCUACAUCACUUGGCAAUUUGAGCAAUUUGGAAUGGUUGGAUCUUUCUUCAAAUGAAUUGUUUGGUAGCAUUCCUCCUCAGUUGGUUUCUCUAACGUUUCUCUCAUGUUUGAAUCUCUCACAAAAUCAGUUGUCAGGUCCAAUUCCUAAAGGCAAACAAUUUGAUACAUUUGAGAAUUCUUCCUACUUUGGAAACAUUGGACUAUGUGGGAGUCCUCUACCCAAAUGUGAUGCAGAUCAAAGUGACCACAAAUCUCAACUAUUACAGAAAGAACAAGAAGAAGAUGACAGUUCUGAGAAAGGGAUUUGGGUGAAAGCUGUGUUCACGGGGUAUGGAUGUGGGAUUGUAUUUGGAAUAUUUAUUGGGUAUGUUGUUUUUAAAUGUGGGAGACCCAUGUGGAUUGUGGCAAAAGUGGAAGGCAAAAGAGCUCAAAAAGAUCCAAACAUCUAGGAAGAAAAAUAAGCCCAGGAGAAGAAAUGAGUAGACACAUGCUUUGUUGAUUUAUGAACAACUUGUGUUUCUUCAAGAGAACUAAAUCUGUGGAAGGCAAUUAUUUUCAAGUAAACAUCAUUUCAAUCUAUUAGCUUAUAUGUUGUUUUAUUAGAUUUUAUCCUAUAAGUUUGUUUUUCUAAAAUUGUGAAAAUGUAGUCAGCAGCAUGAAUGUUAAGGAAUAAAAA